UUGUCGAGCACACUUUCCGUUUCCAGAGAGGAUGCGUCUAUUUGCGUACAGUCACACCAUGUUAUCGCUUAUCGCGGUUAUUUGCAUAGCGUGUAUGGCGCUAGCCUUGAUGCCGAACAUCGCUACGGAUUUACUUAAUCGCCAAAUAUCAAUAUUACAAAUACUACAGCUUUGCAUAUACAUUUUGUAAUUUCGUUACAUAACUGGCAACUGGACAACAUUUUUCUAUCCUUCAAAAGUUGACCAAAGCUUUAAAAAAUUCUGCUUCCUCAUCCAUUAACGGCUAUUUAUACAAGCAGGUUAUAUAUAAUACCACUCCAAUAUCAAAUUAGAAGGUUCCAAAGCGAUACUCUUGACAUUUAACGGCUUGGUGCGCUCACGUAACAGUGAGGCACACAAUUGGACACCGGCGCACAAGGCCCGCUGUCUGCCGAGCCUCUGUUUACAACAACUUAUUUACUUUCGCGAACUAUGGAUUUCCUGUUACACUUAUCGUGUUACCUGGAAGUGCAAAUCGAUAAGCUUCGCGUACAUAGAUGGGUGUGCCAACAAAUAUUACUCACAUGUACCGCGGUGCCCUCGCCGUCAAUAUCGGAAGGUCAUUUUUUGCUUCCUCCAAACUUAUUUGUAUGCUAAAUGUCAUGGGCGUGUAGUGAUAAAGUAAAUGGAAUUAAGUGUAUUUUGGUGGGUUAUGCACCCACUUGGCGUAAGCUGGUGUUCUAACCUAGGAUCUAAAAUAAGAUUUUCAAAGAUUAAAUUACGGAUAGGUACUUGUAGGAAAAACUGCGAGAACAUCAAGCAGAAAGUUGCCUCCCGCAACAACCUGUUGCGAAGGCUGACGAGCACGACCUGGGGAGCCUCACCAACAGUGCUGCGAGCGACUGGCCUGGCACUCUGCUACUCCGCGGGCGAAUAUGCGUGCCCAGUGUGGAGUCGUUCCGUUCACGCUGGGCAGGUGGAUGUAGCACUGAACGAAACGUGCCGCAUUGUAACUGGCUGCCUCAAGCCGACCCCGUUACAAAUGCUGCACGCACUGGCCGGCAUUGCUCCACCAGAUGUUCGCAGAAGCGUAGCUUCUGGCAUCGAGAGAGCCAAACUCGAAACAGACCAACGACACCCCAUGCACUAUUACACCCCUGUGCCACAACGGCUUAAAAGCCGCAGGGGUUUCUACAAAACCGUUGCUCCUGUCGAUGGUGAGGCCCGGGAUCUUUGGCGAUCGAGGAGUUCACUGCCCUCCCCGUUUGUCCCGCUCUUGGAGCGGCUCCCUCCUGGACACGAUCUCCCGAGAAGAGUCUGGCAGUCUUUAAACAGACUCCGAACACAGGUCGGCCGGAGCAAAGAAUCGAUCCAGGUGGGGCUUCGCGGGCGGGACGGACCUUGGGUGCGAGUGCGGGGCUGCAGUGCAGACAAUAUCCCACCUAAUCGCAUGUCCACUGUGCCCUGAAACUUGCUCGCGGGAGGACUUAAUGAGCGCAGCCGUGCUCUCGCUGUGGCGGCAUAUUGGGCUGACAUAGUGUAGUCUCAAUAUAUGACAUGUCAUCGACACAAAAGAAGAAGAAGAAACCCAAUACUGACGAAGUAAUAAAAAAAGGCACAAUCACAAUGCAGCUUGAAAUGACUUUACAUAAAUAGUACCUGCCUUAGAUUCUAUAUUCCUACAUAAAUUGAUCGAUAUACAUAUUAAUAUUUAUCGUUAUUUGGGCAUUUAAUUAAACAGUGUGGAAUAAUAAA